AUGGGAGAUUCUUCUACAUCAUCGGUGAGUGGAGGGAGGCGUAGGGUUGCAUUUUUGAGAGGACGAAGUCAAGAUACUGAGAACGAUAGACAAGCAAGGAAUUGUCGUUGCGGCAUGGUGGCUCCUCUUCGGACAUCGUGGACAGAGAUGAACCCAGGUAGGAGGUUCUAUGGGUGUCCAAAUUAUCUGCAGGGAGGGGGCUAUGGAUAUUUUCAUUGGCAUGAUGAGGAGAUGGGAGAGAGGGCAAUGGAGGUGAUAAAUGAGCUCAUUGGGCAUGUGGAAAGGCUUUAUGAGGAAAAUAGGAGACAGAGGAAUAGAGAUGAUGAGACGAAAGCAAUAGUUCGUGAGAUGAAGAGAAAUGAAAGGAGGCUGAAGGUUGUGAUGGGUGCAUUGGUGGCAACUUGGGGAAGCGAGUCUCAACGUCUGCAUGUUGCUCCAUAUACUCAGCAGUUGUGCCCUCAUUAA